AUGGCACAAUAUGCGCAGCGCCAUGAGGCGCAAAAGAGGGCUGCCAUGCAAGCGAGACAAAACGCCUCCAUGGCUAACGCCGCCGCCGUCGCGGCUGCCGCCACAGGCCAAGUGCCCCAAAACGCGGCUGCCGCCCAACUCGGCGGCGUCCCUCGUGUCAACCUGCCAAACCAGCUCCGACAUGUGAUGGGUGCCACUUUGGGGCAACCUUCACUCAAUGCGGCCAACCCCGCCCUCGCUCGUCAAAUGCCUCUCAACGGUGUACCCCAAGCGCAAAUCCAGGCCGCCCUUCAGUCACAACAACACAGGAUGCCUCUUGCGAACCCCCAAGAGGCACACGUCAUUAUGCAGGCUCGCCGCAUCUCAGAACAGCAACGCGCAGCCGUGCAGCUCCAGCAUCAACAAGGCGGCACGCCCCAACCGCAGGCAUCUCCUCAGCCACAGGGCCAGCAGCAGGGGCAGCAACCAGCACCGCAGCAACAACAACAGCAACAAUCCCAAGUUCAGAGUCAAGCGCAAGUUCAGGCGCAAGCCCAAGCGCAAGCCCAGGCGCAAGCCCAAGCCCAGGCGCAAGCCCAAGCACAGGCUCAGGCCCAAGCACAGGCUCAGGCCCAGGCCCAGGCAAUGGCACGCGCUAACAGCGGACGGCAGGGCUCUCCUUCUAACGUUAGGAACGGACUCAACAGCCUCAACCAGCAAAACUACUUGGCUAACGCCCAGGCGGUAAUGGCAUCUUUUAACAUUGGUGGCGCAAAUGGCGUUGCCGCGUUGAACGCUCUCCAGAGCGCGGGCCUUCACCUCCCAACCGCCGCGGCAUCAACGCUACCCUUGGCCUUUCAGGCGCAGAUCGCGGCACUGGAGGCGCAGUUUCGGCAGAAAAAUCCCGGGGCUACUCCAGAACAGAUCCAAAAGCUUGCUCAAGAACACCUUGCUCGGGUGCUUAUGGCGCAACGAGCAAGUAUGUCGCAACAAGCUAUGAAUGCGGCUGCUGGUGGCGUCGCACAAGCAGGAAUCGUUAACGGCUUAGCUGGUGCUAGCCCAGCACAAUACGCCGCGAUGCUUAGGCAGCAACAGGCUCAGGCUCAAGCCCGGGCUCAAGCUCAAGCUCAAGCUCAAGCCCAAGCACAGGCACAAGCACAGGUUCAAGCCCAGCAAGUUCAGGUCCAAGCCCAAGCCCAGGCUCAAGUUCAAGCCCAGGUCCAGGCCCAGGCCCAGGCUCAGGCCAAGGCACAGGCGCAAGCUCAAGCUCAAGCAAAGGCACAGGCGCAGGCACAGGCGCAAGCACAGGCUAAGAAUCAGAUGCAGCAAGCGCAGGCACAGGCGCAGCAGGCGCAAAAGGCACAGGCACAGCAAGCACAGGGUCAAGGGCAGGCCAAGCUCAAGGCCAAGCUCAAACCCAAGCUCAAGCUCAGGCUCAAGCGCAGGCUCAAGCUCAAGCUCAGGCGCAAGCUCAGGCUCAGGCGCAAGCUCAGGCUAAGGCGCAAGCUCACGCCCAUGCCCACGCCCACGCCCAGGCUCAAGCGCUUGCCAAGGCCAAGGCUCACGCUCAAGCUCAAGCUCAAGCUCAAGCUCAAGCUCAAGCCCAGGCCCAGACUCAGGCCCAAGCUCAGGUUCAAGCUCAAGUUCAAGCUCAAGCGCUUGCCCAAGCUCAGGCCCAGGCUAAGGCGCAACAGAAACAGCAACAAGCUCCGCCAGCCACGCCAGCGCAGCCAUCACCACAGGUUCAACCAGCCCAGCAGCCUCAAUCAGCACAUACCGUCUGCGGCGACCCCAACCCUAGCAACACAGCAGCAGAGGACACCGAGCGGAAGUGCUACACCUGGACAGUGA